ACGGUGACGUCACCACGGCGCCUGUGCCAGGCUGGGUGCACUUCGAGGCUGCCGCGUGAAGUGUCGACGGCUCGACACUGAGCAGCAGCAGCAGCAGGAGAUGGGCGACUUCCGAGACAUCAGAGGCUUCUUCACCAAGGCCGAGUGGAGCGAUCUGGCCGAGUGCGAGAAGCGGCGCUACAGGAACAUCAAGCAGAACCACGCCGUCCUGCUGAACCUCGGGAUGAACCCGGCCCAGCCCGAGUUCAUGCGCGCACGCGGCAAGCGCAGGGCGAGGGGGAAUAGAGCGGAGUGCGGGCGGUCGAGCGACUCCGACGAGGAGUGGACGGGGAGGAGGAAGAGGAAGGAGGUGGCGAUGCACGGAGGACGAAGAGGCAAACGAGGAGGCAAGGGGGCUGCUUCACGCUGGGCCACCGUGGGAGAGUCUCACGCGAGGGCAGCUUCCAGCAAGCGCAAGGUCUCUGUGCACAGCGCACGGCACUCCUCUCGUUACAGCUGCUGCUGCUGUUGUCUUUAGUUUGUUGUCCUUCCCCCGCACCUCCCAUUAGCGAGGUUGGCUACGUACGGUGACAAAGACAUUCAACGUACAUACAUACUACUAGACACUGCUAUACCAGGGACGUGCGGUCAGGGGAGACGGGCGAGGCAGAGCCUCACCUGUCAUAUACUCCAAUGAAAAUAGCUGUUACGAAAAGUACAAAAAAAUGUUCCACUGGUCUGUGUUAUAAAAGUAAUUUCUAUAUAAUUAUACCA